AUGCGAGCCAAGUAUGUAGUCAGCUCCAGGCCGCGGAUAUCGGAUGCCCAUCGAUCCGGGGGACCUGUGUCCGGGCCGGAGCAACGCCUCUUUCUCGAUCAAGGAUUUUUAAAGUUUGACAGUCGCAGAGUCAAGAAGAAGGACAACAACAGCCAUCACGACACCCUUGGAGAUCAGGAAAAUGAAGGGGAAGAUAGGAACAAGGAUCAUGAACCGAAGACUCGGCGGGCUCGACGAAGGAAGAAUCGGAUGGAUGCUACGGGUACGACGACUAUCAAGCUCCUCUGGAAGAAUCGGUUCAUCUGGUCAAUCUCUUUCCAUCGUGUAGACUUUUCCCGGAAGUACUCUCACCAACAGCCGACAUCGUCAUAUGACCACCAGUUCUUUGGACAGCCCUUGCCGAUCACUCACCCGCACUUGCUGGCUCCUCAUGAGCUGACUAUCGGCAUACCUCGCGAGGAAUAUGCUCAGCGGCGCGCUAAGUUGAUGGAUCUCUUGCCUGAUGGGUCUUCGGUCAUUAUCGCCGGCGCAAGAACUAAAUGGAUGGCCCAUCAUGUCUUUUAUCCAUUUCGACAAUCGAGUGAUUUUUGGUAUCUGACAGGUUUCCAAGAGCCGGAUGCAUGUCUUCUUCUAGAAAAGGACAAUAGCACCAAAGGCUAUACGAUGACGAUGUUUGUGAGGCCCAAAGACCCCUUCCAAGAGAUGUGGGAGGGUGCUAGGUCUGGGAUCGAUGGAGUCACUGAAUGGUUCGGGGCUGACGCCACCUACGACAUUUCCGAUCUCGCAAGCAGACUAAAACCCGUGCUGACCAAGUCAACCAGAUCACCCGUCUAUCUAGACUUACCCUCGGAUAUCGAGUUCCCAAAUUUACCCCCAUGGAGAUCGACAGUACCUCUGAUCGACUUCUUUUCCAAGAACAACGCCCAGAGCGGCAAUUUGGCCGAUUUUCUGAGCUCGCCAACCGGCAGCUUUCCAUCAUCCUCGAGGUCUGAUCUGGAUAGCUGUCUAGCUGUCCUUGCGAGCAGUCGCUCAACUACUCGUGGCCAGACGGAUCAUUCAAAGUACCGGCCGAUCCGGUCCUUACAAGCCAAAUUAGACCCGAUCAAGAUGAUCAAAUCUGAGGCCGAAUUGAAGCUUCUUAGGAUCGCCGCAGAUAUCAGCGCACAUGGAUUCAAGGCGGCCAUGCGUUUGGCGGCAGACUGUCGUCCUGCAGAAGCCUCAAGAAGUGAGCACGAACUGGUGCAGGCCUUCGAAGGAGGAUGCCAGCGACACUCGCCCGGGGUGGGGGGUCGAAUGGGAUAUGUGCCCGUCUGUGCAGCCGGGCCGGCGGCCCUCACGAUCCAUUAUACGUUCAACGACCGGGCUCUCAGGCCGGGCAACCAGCUCGUCUUGCUGGAUGCCGGAUUCGAAUAUGCCGGCUACGUCGCCGACAUCACUCGCACCUUCCCCAUCGGCAAUCAGGGCAGAUUCAGCUCGGCUCAAAGGGACUUGUACGAGGUGGUGAAGAACGUUGAGAAGGAACUGCUCACCCAAUGUCGUCAGAGCUCUGGCCAUUCUCUCAGUAGUCUCCAUCGUGCUAGCUGCCAGCUCUUGAAAGAUGGCCUCGUCAGGUUGGGCUUCAACCUGGAUCAUCCAGACGCUUUGAAUAGAUUGUAUCCCCAUUACAUAGGCCAUCCUGUGGGCACGGAUUUACAUGACACGCCAUCCUGGAACCGUUCCCACCGACUUAAAGCAGGCUCGGUCAUCACUAUCGAGCCCGGUGUUUACGUGCCUGACGAAGACAAAUACCCCAAACAUUUCCGCGGAAUCGGAAUCCGAGUGGAAGAUAUGGUGCAUGUUCGCGAAAACGAUCAAGUGAUCUUGAGUUGUAAUACCCCUAAAGAAGUCGCGGAUGUUGAGGCUUGUGGUUCUGGUUUAUUAGAACGACUUCAAUGA